GGGGGAUGCUUAUUGAUCACUCUUGGUCUUUUGUUUUACUAACUGUUGUUUGCCUUUGUCUUUUUGGCCAUGGAAUUCUCAGUAUUGUUUAAUAAAUAAAAAGUUAUUGUCUUAAGUUAUAUCUUAUCGUGUUUGUCCUUGGUAUGUACAAAGGGAUUGCGUGUUUAUGGCAAAUAUUUGAUAAUUUCUGUUAAAUUCGUUCGGAACUAGUCUAGACUAACUGCGGUAAUAGCUUAAUGUAUUGUAAAGACACUUGUCUUUUGUUGAAGUUAUAUGUUGAUCUCUAAAUGUCUUUUAUGUUUGUCUUUUAAAAUUGGUGUCGCUUUGCCGAACAUUUUCUAUUAUUCACAAUGUGUAUUAUGUUCACUUUAAAAUGUAAUUUUUACUCCUCUAAAAUAAGAUUUUUCUCCUCUCCAAAUUAAUGUUUAUAUUUGAUAUUCUUCUUCCCUAGAUCUGUAUGGAUCAGGUAUAUGGACAUGUGGUAUAGAUUAGAUUGUAUAUGAUGUAACUAUACAAGAUUGGCACUCUUAUCCUCAGUUAUAUAGACAAUAUAUAUAGAAUUUGGACAUAUCAACAUUAGAAUAUUUUCCUUUCUAGAAUGUGGUUUUUCAAUGUUUUAAAUUUCUGCUUAUUAUUAGUAGUGGUUAAUGGUGAAUGCGAUCCUGGCUGGGAACAUCGCUGGAAUAAAUGUUAUUAUUUCAGUACAGAAUCCCGUACUUGGGAAGGUGCAGAGACUGGGUGCAGACAAUAUGGUUCACAUCUUGUUGAAGUUGAGAGUGCAGAAGAGGAUGAAUACAUACGUGCUCAUUCACGAAACACCAGACGUUCAAAUUGGAUUGGCUUACGAGAUUCAGCAACUGAAGGUGAUUGGAGAUGGGCAUACGGAGGAGCACGAGCAGAGUACAACAACUGGGCCACUAAUGAACCUGAUAAUAUAUUUGAUCAAGAUUGUGCACUUCUCGACUCGUUGUAUAGUUACCAUUGGGUAUCUGGAUCCUGUUGGAUCGCACACAACUUUAUAUGCGAAAAAGGUUAUCCAAGUACAGACGCACCUGCUGUAGGAUAAUGGUUAACAGAGUGAAUACAAUUGUUAAGUCUGACACCCAAGGAAAUACAAUUUUCCAUCAUUAUAAUACCACUUUAUAUAUAUAAUAUUACCAAUGCGUGCAAAUAUUUACGCUCUAUAUGCUCUUAAAAUAACCAGAUUUUUAAAAUAUUAAAUUAUAUCUUGUAGUUGUAACUCACAAAAAUAAACAAA